CGUGCGCUCCUUCUUCCUCCUCCUCCUGCCCUUUGCCGCGUUCCCGGGCCUCGCAGCCGGGCCAAGAAGACCAUGGUGCCUGAGCUGGAGAAAGCCACUGUCCAGAUGAAAGAUGCCGAACACGUGAAAGAGAUUCUUUCAAGGCUGAGGAAAGGGGGAGCCGACCAACUUCAGGUAAUUUCUGAUUUUGACAUGACUCUAACUCGGUUUGGGUUCAACGGACAGCGCUGCCCUACCUCUUACAAUAUUAUAGAUAACAGCCGGGUCAUCAGUGAAGAAGGCAAGAAAAAGCUAAAAGAUAUGCUUCACUAUUACUAUCCAAUUGAAAUCGACCCCUACCGGACUGUGGAGGAUAAGCUGCCCCACAUGAUAGAAUGGUGGACAAAGGCUCACAGUCUCCUGUCCCAGCAGAAGAUUCUGAAGAGUGACAUUGCCCAGAUAGUGAAGGAGUCGGAUGUUAUGCUCAGAGAUGGCGUCAAUCUUUUCUUCGACCAGCUGUACCAGAGCCGGGUUCCCUUGUUCAUCUUCUCUGCCGGCGUGGGCGACGUGCUAGAAGAGAUCAUCCGCCAGGCCGGCGUGUUCCACCCCAAUGUCCACGUGGUCUCCAACUAUAUGGACUUUGAUGAGCAUCCAUGGAGAAAUGAGACAACCUACUUCAGGGCUUCCCACGCACUCCGAUGUGGGAUGAGCUUCCACAGAGUCGGCUUCCUGAACGACAGGGUAGAGGAACAGCGAGAAAAGUACAUCGAGGCCUACGAUGUUGUGCUGGAGAAGGAUGAGACGCUGGACGUGGCCAACGGCAUCCUCCGGUUCAUCCUGGCCGAAACCUGAACUUUGCAGUCCAAGGCCCUCUUAAUGACAACGCUGCCUCUUGUGGAGGAUAAAUGCGCUUUGUGUGUGUGUGUGUGUGUGUGUGUGUGUGUGAUGACCCCUCAGUUUGCGUCUCUCUCUUGAUGUCUUGCAGAUGUACACCAAACUCACCCUCCUUUCAGAACUGUAGAAUCAGUGCUGGGGCAAGCCGAGAAAUAUCCUAUUUCUCCCACCACCGUGCUCCUCGUUGAAGCCGAAUCCCAGAUCUGAGGAGAUGUGUAGUCCGGGGCAUACUUUGUUUCGUUGUGCUGAUCAGUUGUCAGGGGAACAAGCUGCCAUUACUUUUAAACUGCAGUUUGUACUAAUGCUGGCUCUCUAGUAACCAUUUUAGAGUCGAGCACUCAGUGGUGGCCGGUUUGCGGCAAGCCAAUGAUCUGGCCUGGCCCGUACGUACACGAAGCUAGGCUGUUUGCGUGCCCAUUAGAUUCGGGGUGGUGUGCACUACAGUUGUACCCAUGGCCGUGGUAGUGAUGUUAUGCGGUCCGUGAGCAUUCAGUCCAUUGAAUUUGAAGCAUGGUUGCAGUCUGGUCUCUGCAGAUAAGUGGAUGCCAUUGGGCUCCCCCGUAGCCAUGUGACUCUCAGUUCAUGUAUGUCUUUCUUGGCUUCCUCCGCAGCUCUCUGCCUCUAUCCAAUGAUCUUUUCUCCUUGCAUCAUUUCAGUUGGGCAGCAAAAAUGGCCCACAGCUUGGCCUGCUCUACAAAUUGUUUCAUACCACUUCUCCCUCUAUAUUUUUUACCAUAUAUUGCUCCUUGUAAAUGCAGUGGGAGACAUUAAAUGCAAUGGAAGACAUUAACAAAAAGGGAAAUAAACCUGAGAAAGAUAAAUUUAAAAGAUUCAUUCGCGAUGAAUUUAUCUUUUGCACAAUAUUCUGGUUUCACAAAAAGUUAUUUGUUUCUCAAAGCAAAUUUAAAAAUACAUUUUUUGGUCUUGGGAUCCAAACAAGUUAAGUGGUUUUAUGCUAAAGUAGGAUAAAGACAAUAAAAGAUUUCCUGUUUUGGGGAAAA